AUGGCUACACCUCAAACCGCCCAAAAUGCCCCUACCAAGCGCGUUAAGCGUGAGGAAUACCGCCGCGACCUCGAGGCGCAGCAGAAGGCCAGCGACGAUGGCUCCGUCGUUAAGAUGCCGCAGAAGAAAUUCUUCCGUCAGCGCGCACAUGCGAAUCCCUUCUCUGAUCACCGGCUGGAAUAUCCUCUAAGCCCUGCGCAUAUGGAUUGGUCUUCUCACUACCCUGCGUUCGUGGAUCCAGAUCCAUCGAAGACGAAUCUCAGCGGUGCGCGCAAAUUGAUCAAGGAUGUCGAGGUUGUGGACAUCGGAUGCGGCUUCGGCGGGUUGAUGGUUGGACUUGCGCCAUUGCUACCGGAUACGCUGAUGGUUGGCAUGGAAAUCCGCAUCUCAGUGCUCGAGUACCUCAGCUCGCGCAUCCACGCCCUCCGCAGCAACCAGCAACGCCUGAAAAACAGAGCCGCCAGUGCAUCUACAUCAUCCGAACCCCAAGACUCAACUGCGCAGCCUGAAACCGCAGAAUCCGAAGCAGCUCCCGCCAAUGACGACGAAAUCGGCACUACCAAAAUCUUCCCCGGAAACUUCGAAAACAUCACCGCAAUCCGCAGUAACACGAUGAAGUUCCUUCCCAACUUCUUUGGGCAUCACCAACUUUCCAAGAUCUUCAUCUGCUUCCCAGACCCACACUUCAAGGCGCGCAAGCACAAGGCACGCAUCGUCUCCGAGUCCCUGAACACCGAGUAUGCCUUCGUCCUACGACCCGGCGGCUUGCUGUACACCAUCACCGAUGUGGAGGAGUACCACCACUGGGUUCUGCGGCAUUUCUUGAACCAGCCCGAGGAGCAGCGGGAAGAUGGAACCACUCCCCCUAGCAGCAAAGAUCUUUUCGAGCGAGUUUCUGACGAAGAGGUUGAUGCCGAUCCUUGUGUGCGGGUUAUGAAAUACGAAACCGAGGAAUCGAAGAAGGUCACACGUAAUAAUGGCAAGAAGUUUGUGGCUGUGUUCAGACGCAAGGCGGAUCCCGAGUGGCCUGCUUGA